CUCGCGCCCGAGCGUGGGCGAUGCUUGCCGAACGGAUGCUACGCUCCAGCGCCGACGACCAGGUCACCGUGAGCGUCAUCAAGAGCGAGGCGGAGCUGUGCAGCGCGUGCGGCGAGCUGAUCGCCGACCGGUUCUUGCUGCGCGUGAGCGACAGCUCGUGGCACGCGCGCUGCCUGCGGUGCUGCGUGUGCGGGGCUCCCCUGGACCGGCAGCCAUCUUGCUUCGUGCGACACGGAAGCGUCUACUGCCGCCACGAUUACGUACGCCAGUUCGCGGCCAAGUGUGCCAAGUGCAGCCGGGCCAUCGGCGCCUCGGACUGGGUCCGCCGGGCGCGCGAGCAGGUCUACCACUUGGCCUGCUUCGCCUGUGACGCCUGCAAGCGGCAGCUAUCCACCGGCGAGGAGUUCGCACUGCAUGACGGACGGGUGCUCUGCAAGAGCCACUACUUCGAACUGCUCGACGGGGCCUCCGGGUCCAACGACGAAAACAGCGAACAGGAGUGCGGCUCGGGCAGUUCGGGCGGCGGCUCCGGGGGAGGGGGCGGCUCCAAGGCCAAGACGAAGCGAGUGCGGACAACCUUCACCGAGGAGCAGCUACAGGUGCUGCAGGCCAACUUCAACCUGGACUCGAACCCAGACGGACAGGACCUGGAGCGCAUCGCGCAGAUCACGGGCCUCAGCAAGCGUGUCACCCAGGUCUGGUUCCAGAAUUCGCGCGCCCGCCAGAAGAAGUAUUUCAACAACCAGGCCAAGAAAGUGAACCCGGUGAGCAGCGGCGCCGUGUCCGCCGGUCCCGCCUGUUCCGGCUGUGGCAUGCUGUACUGCCUGUGCGCGCACCAGGCCCUGCCCAUGGGACAGGUGACGUGACCCAGCGCCCUGCCGGGGCCCAUCCGGGAGUGUUCGAACCCGGCCACCUCGCUCAGCCGGGGCCCGGACUCGUGCGGCAACUGCGCCGGUGCUGCCUGUGGCCUCCGGUGAACGCUGUGCACAGACUGCCAAUUGGUGGAACUCGUCCAGUGCGCGAACUCGGUUCUCGAGCCACGUGCUGUGCCGGAACGUGCGAGGACGCGCGGAACUGCGAAAAGUGUUCAUUCGGAGCCGAAACGCAGUGGCGUGCUCUUCACUCAGAAACCUCAGGCCGAGCGACGUAACGAGAGACGUGUGUUACUCGCCUGUGGUUGGUAUGACUGCGCCCGACCGUCAACGCCGGAAGCGUUUAUCCUGUAUCGAGACGUUUUGUCGUGUAUUGUUGAAGAUGCGGGCGCACAACUGCUGCGUCAUUGCGAAGGGGCGUUCAAACACCGAGAACACGCAGGGAAUGCCGUCACUCGUUUUACUUUCACCGUGAUGGCCUAAAGUCGGCGCAAAUUGUCACAAACUGCGAGAGCCGAGUGUCGGUCUAGUCUCGCGCAUUAUAAUUGAGCCCUUGUCAUUGAGAUACUACACAGAGAGCAAUGGAAGGUGUAGCUCCGCGCUUAUUGACCCUCUCGACUAAUGGUUCUGCGUCGGGCACGAACCUGGUCAACUCCUGAUCCCGUCAUCGCUGCUUUCGGUCAUCGCGGAGCACCUGAACCGAGGCAGUGACAACGCUAGCACGCUGUCUCCGCAAUUACUAGAUCCAGUUAGCGCCAAUAAGCUUUACUUUGAACGCGUGUUCUUUUUCUUUCCGGGGGAAGGAAGUUUGGCUCCUUCAUGUUUGUUCUGACUCGCGCAAGUACGCCGGCGAGCACUCCUUUCCGUGGAUGUGCGCGCUGAGCAGCGAAGAUCAGUGGACGUAGUGGCUCUUUGUGUGUUCGGUGACCACAGUGGAGCGCCCGAAUCUAAACGUUUAGUCGAAGAAAAAAAAAUCACAAACGGUGAAACUCCCGAUCUUUGUUCCGUUGCCUUUUUCGCGUGUCUCGCUUUGAACUUGUGUCGUCUGGCUCGCUUCGAAGGGGCAUACUUUUUCGCCUUGAGGGCUUCUUUCCCCGCCAUUUUCGUGGGAGGUUCUUUCUUUACGUAUAGAGUGCGCGUAUCGCAGUCCGCGCAGGGACAGUCACGUGUCAUGCGCGCGGCUUUGUCGUUAUGGCACGUUUUUCCCAGGCUGUUUCAGUGUUCCUCGUGCGCAGGAACUCCCGAGUGCGAAUGUACAUAUCAACGCUAUGGGUCGCUCCUUCGCGCAUCUAGAGCAAUGCGAGGAGGAGUCGGCCCCGACUAAUUUAUUCCCUGGCGGCGCGGACUGCUUUGCGUGGCUUCUCGACCGAGCAAGCCUGUCACGCAACUAACCGCCGUAUUCUAAAGCGAUCCACGACUCCAAGCUCUUGCUCCACUGCGCCGAGUUGGGCACAGCGUCGCCCCCCGUCUGAAAAAGACGCUACGCUUCUCAAGAAUGGCGGUGGUGGACGAAGCGCAGUGACCACUUCUGUCGAGGGCCAUUGUCUUCUCUCGGGUGUAGCGUGAGUGUUGACUGGCGGAACGUUCUAGAAUGCGGGGGUAAGCACUCCGCCCCAAGGGCUCUAUUGCUC